AUGCGACCGGACCCAUUAAAGUGUGGGACAAAAUCCCAGUCAGGAACGGAACGAGAAGUCGAGAGUUCGCGAGAAGCAUCGGCGUCGUUACUGGACUUGUGGAAAAAUGACACUUUUUCAUUUCGGAAACUGUUUUGCGCUGGCAUAUUUCCCCUACUUCAUCACCUACAAAUGCAGCGGGCUAUCAGAGUACAAUGCUUUUUGGAGAUGUGUACAGGCUGGGGCUACAUACCUAUUUGUACAGCUCUGCAAGAUGCUGUUCCUGGCCACUUUUUUCCCCACGUGGGAGGGCGGGGCUGGUGUGUAUGACUUUGUUGGGGAGUUCAUGAAGGCCACAGUGGACCUGGCAGAUCUGCUGGGCCUCCAUCUGGUCAUGUCCAGGAAUGCUGGGAAGGGGGAGUACAAGAUCAUGGUAGCAGCCAUGGGCUGGGCCACAGCAGAGCUGGUCAUGUCCAGGUGUAUUCCUCUUUGGGUUGGUGCACGAGGGAUCGAGUUUGACUGGAAGUACAUUCAAAUGAGCUUUGACUCCAACAUCAGCCUGGUGCAUUACAUCGCCAUGGCAGCUGUGGUUUGGAUGUUCACUCGCUACGACCUCCCGAAGGCUUUCCGCCUGCCUGUCACCCUGCUCCUGGGCCUAUGUGUCUACAAAGCCUUUCUGAUGGAGUUGUUUGUCCAUGUCUUUAUGCUGGGCAGCUGGACGUCUCUCUUGGUGAAGGCCGUACUGACAGGAGCCAUCUCUCUCUGCUCCCUCCUCCUCUUCAUCACACUCGUACACAGCAACUGAGACACUCGCCUCCGUCCUCAGAGAGAAAGGCCACUGGGAUAUAUUACAAAAGCUUGUGUUUCUCACAUUUAAAACAUCGACCAAAACAGCCAUUAUCUUAUUUGUAGUGAAUUGCUAAGAAUGUUAUUUAAUUUUUGUAUUGAGUUGGAGCACCAUUGAGGAGAAACUUUCUGUUUUUAUUUAAAGAAUGUAGCUCUUGAGGCAGUGUGUCUCAGCCCACUCCCAUUCAGCCAUUCAGGAUGCUGGCUGUAGGUGCUGUAACUGGCCACUGCUCAAGACUGAUGUAAAAAUUCACCUUAUACACAUGAAUGGGGUUAAACUGGUCUUACUUGAGCUGGAAUGAUCCUCCUGUUUAAGCUUUGCCUCCCUAAGGAGGGACAUAAAGGCAGUAAUGUGUGUCCUCAUUUUUAGGCUUCUGAGGCUGUCUGUUUGAGCAGCAACAGCUUCGUACAGGAUGUGGCAUGUAAGAGGUUUAUUAUACAGUAAAAUAAAAGUAAAUUCAUUUCUUUAUACACAAAUAUGCUGUAAACUGUAAAACUG